UCACCUUUCUUUGCGAGCCAGAAAGGGGCUGUUUUUACAGAGCCCCUUCAGGUUGCUCGCACCAAAUCUCUCCUCCCUGUUCUUCGCUUUUAUUGAAGAAACCAGGGGCUUAAUUAUCCCAAGAUUCUUUCCAUUUUUCUCUUUUUUUUUUAUUAGUUCGGAUUCUGCACAAACAGUUUCUGUUUUUCUUUUCUGCUUUGCAAUGGCAGCCAUAGAUCUGUACAACACCCGCAACCAGUUCAGCUCCUCGUCAUCGUCAUCCUCCUCGGAUCAGGAGCUCAUGAAAGCGCUCGAACCUUUUAUCAAGAGCGCUUCUUCCCCCACCACCUCCACCUCCGCCUCCUCCCCGUUUUCCUACUACAAUUCCUCUCCGUCACUGCCCCAAGAAUCCUACUACUUCCCUGCUGCAUCAUCCUCCCCCUCUUACAGUUACACCACGCUUCAAGCUCCGUUUGCUUCCUCCGCCACCACCACCACAUCCUUCUCCCAGCUCCCGCCUCUGCCGCCCGUUUCGCAGUACAACACCUCGUCGGCGGCGACGUACCCGUCGUCGAGUGACAUGGUGGGGCUGACCAGCCUGGGCCAAGAACAGAUCCAUCAGAUCCAGGCGCAGCUCUUCUUCCAGCACCAGCAGCAGCAGAGGGGGCUGUCGCUGUCGGCGUCCCUGCUCGGCCCGCGGGCGCAGCCCAUGAAGCAGGCCGGGACGCCGUCGACGGCCGCCGGGACGCACUACCGCGGCGUGCGGCAGCGUCACUGGGGCAAGUGGGUGGCGGAGAUCCGCCUCCCCAAGAACCGGACGCGGCUGUGGCUCGGCACCUUCGACACCGCCCAGGACGCCGCGCUCGCCUACGACAAGGCGGCCUUCCGCCUCCGCGGCGACGCCGCGCGCCUCAACUUCCCCAACCUCCGCCGCGGCGGCGCGCACCUCGCCGGCCCGCUCCACUCCUCCGUCGACGCCAAGCUCGACUCCAUCUGCAACAACAUCGCCGCCGCGCCGUCCAAGCCGUCGUCAACAAAAACCGCCGCCGCCCCGGACUCGCCCAAGCACUCGACAUCGACGUCGUCGACGGAGGGAGACGGGUCGGUGUUCUCCGCCGGCUCGACACCCCUCCCUCCGCCGUCGCAGCAGCCAGCGGCGCCGCCGCUCCCCGAGAUGGCCAACCUGGACUUCUCGGAGGCGCCGUGGGACGAGUCCGACGCCUUCCACCACCUCCACAAGUGCCCGUCGUGGGAGAUCGACUGGGACGCCAUCCUCUCGUGACCCGAUCGUAGCAAACGGAAAGCUCCACUGAUUAAUUGAUUAAGCUGUGUAAUUAGUGCCGCAGUGGCCGAGGCUCGAUGGAAUAUUAGACAUCGGCCGCCGCCCCUGCGGUUAGGGUUUAAGGAGUUCGUCUUCCUCGUCGUAGCAGUCGUUAAGGAGGGUUUAAGCUUAAGUUUACUUAGCUACUUUGUCGUCAUUAGUGACCUCCUGGGUGCUUUGCCCGUUGUUUUUUCUCGCGGCAAAGCCCAGUUGAGGGUGUAAUGUGUAAUGUAACUCUUCGUUACUACUGUACUACUGAAAUUUAAAUUUUAUUCCUAGCUCUUGUGAGUUUGUGAUCUAAUAUUUUGCUA